AUGGGGAGGAUCAUUUUCUUUGAGGACAAGAACUUCCAGGGCCGCCGCUAUGAGUGCGACAGCGACUGCUCAGACUUCCACUCCUACCUGAGCCGCUGUAACUCCAUCCACGUGGAGAGCGGCGUCUGGGUGGUCUACGAGCGCCCCAACUACAUGGGCUACCAGUACGUGCUAACACGUGGGGAGUACCCAGAGUUCCAGCGCUGGAUAGGCCUUAAUGACCGCCUCAGCUCCUGCAAGAUCAUCAACUUAAAAACCGGGACCCAGUACAAGCUGCAGCUCUACGACAAGGCAGACUUUGCAGGUCAGACGUUUGAGGCCACCGAGGAUUGCCCUUCCGUUCUGGAGCGUUACCGCUUGAGAGAGGUGCAGUCCUGCAAGGUCCUGAACGGCUACUGGGUAUUCUACGAGCACCCCAAUUACCGUGGACGCCAGUACGUCCUGGAAAAAGGCGAAUAUCGCAAGCCUGUGGACUGGGGAGCAGUGUGUCCCAUCGUCCAGUCCUUCCGCCGCCUGACCGAGUGA